GUUCACAACAUCGGUGGAACUCCACUCGAUGGCUCACGCAGUGUAUUUAUUUUUCGGUUCCUCUAAUGAAUCAUAGCCGCACCUGACAGUCUUGAUAAGCGUGUGCGUAGUGAGACAUAUCGAUCUAAACGUGCGGGACCUUGUUGACGGUAAUCACCCUACCUGCCCUACUCUGCUGUACGUUAGCAGUCCUCUAAUACAUCCGAAAUUUUAAACGCUCCAUCGGGCACGGGCACUGGUCCGAGCACACGGGAUCAAACCACGGUAGCAGCAUCGUUUACACCUACACCCGCUCAGGAGAUUAUACUGCAAUCAAAGUCAGAGCAAACGGGGGUGUAAUGCACCGUGCAACGGCAUCUCACACGUCCUUGUCCGUUCGAUCAACCAAGCAACGCAUCCAACAUGGUGAAGGAUCGGCUGGCAGAAUUGAAAAGCAAAAGUAAGUACGCCAACCACAAUGCGGACGAACCAGGCCAGGUGGAAACGCCACUGUCCAAAUCACAGGAGGAAAUCUUUCAAAAUCUCGAAAAGUUUUCUCAACUUACUGCGUGGAUCCAAACGAUACGAGGCAACAUUGCGGAAAUGCGGAAGCAGAUUGGUUCCUCCAAGUUUCACUACAAUGACAAACCCAUUCGUGAUCGGAUGGAGGAAAAGCUGAAGGAAAACAACCAGCUCUGUCAGCGCAUUUACAGCACUAUCAAGCAGCUCGAGUCGGAACUCGGGGACGAUUGCAUUCGAACCGGUGUACUGUUUCGCAUCAAGAACACCCAGUUCCUGGUGAUCCGGGACGACUACCUGAGCGCAUACCGGGAGCAUGAGGAGUUUGUGUCGUAUUACGAGAAUCGUAUCAUGUCGAUGAUGAAGCUGGAAGCGAAAGCAAUGAACUACAACAUCACGGACGAUGAGGCACUGGAGCAACUUACCGGUAAUCAAAGGUCACCCUUCGUAGGCAAUCUGCUGGAGGAAACGGAGCGAGAGCGCCAAAUGCUGCGCGACAUCAUGACCCGGCACAGUCAGCUGGAGGCGUUGGAAAAGUCACUGAUGGAGGUGCGUGAUAUGUUCGUGCGCAUAUCGAGCCUGGUAAUGGAGCAGGGCAGCCUGGUGCAGGUGAUCGAGUACCACGCGCAACAGGCGACGCUUAACACGGAUCACGGUGCGCAUCAGCUGCAGAAGGCACGGGAGUACAAGAUCAAGGCGCUAAAGAAGCGUACGUGCUUGCUGAUCUGGGUCAGCACCGCGCUAGCGGUGUUAUUGUUUUUGGUGAUCAUUUUCUGAACGCCCCAUGCCAUAU